ACACUACCCACAUCAGCCCCUACCGCCAUCCCCCCACUCGUCUACCGCGUCCACCGCAGCACCUCGCAAACCCGCUACUCCUUCUCGACCGGCUUCAGCGCCAAAAACCAAACUACAAUAGUAAACUACACGUCUACCCUCUCCCGCUUCAGCCUCGCCCAUCUCAACCAGCAAACCAACAUCUCCUCGCCCUUCAUCAGCGUCUACGACAACGCCGCGCACGCCGAAGCGGUAGCGCGGUAUUUCGGCGAAAGAUACCAAGAAGAUACGUGGAUUAUCAGCGUUGAUCCCGCGCAUUUUGCACGGGGCCCAGUGUUUCGGGCGGCGGAUUUGUUGAGGGAGGGUGUGGCGGAGGCGGAGAAUGCGAAUAGUGGCAGUAAUAGGAAGAAAGGGAAAGGGGUGGUGGAUGAUGGCGCGGAUGAGUGGUUGCACUGGGGGGAGUAUCUGGUCAUGUAUCGGAUUCCUGCGCAGGCGAUCCGGGACCAGACGCCUGUUGCGAAGGUGGGGGAUCCACUGAGGAGAGGGGUGGGUGUUAUUGGGGGU